GAUUCACUUCACAUUCCAUUCAUUCGUUAAUGGCGAACCCGAGGGAAGCCAUUCCCAUGGCUUCUGCUUCUGCUUCUGCUUCUGCUUCUGCUUCUUCUCCUUCUCCUUCUCCGACCUCACUCUCUCCUCCUCAGAUUCCGAUGGAGCUCCACGAAACCAACAGAGCCAAUCUCAUCAAGUCUCUCCAAGAACACCUCUCUUCUUCCUCACGCCCUCUUCAAGCCUUCGUCUUUCUCCAGGGUGGUGAAGAGCAAACUCGCCAUUGCACGGAUCACACCGAACUCUUCAGGCAGGAGAGUUAUUUUGCUUACUUGUUUGGGGUGAGAGAGCCUGGUUUCUAUGGAGCUAUUGAUGUAGCAACUGGGGAAUCUAUUCUCUUUGCUCCCAGGUUACCUGCAGAAUAUGCUGUUUGGUUGGGAGAAAUAAAGCCAUUAUCCUUCUUUAAGGAAAGAUACAUGGUUAGCAUGGUCUUCUAUACUGAUGAGAUUGCGAAAGUUUUGCAUGAUCGCUUCCAAGGGUCAGGAAAACCUAUGUUGUUUCUCUUGCAUGGGCUCAAUACCGAUAGCAAUAAAUACUCAAAACCAGCAGAUUUUGAGGGAAUUGAGAAGUUUAAGACAGAUCUGAAUACCUUGCAUCCUAUUUUGACUGAGUGCCGUGUUUUCAAAUCGGAUAUGGAGCUUGCUCUCAUCCAGUUUGCCAAUGAUAUAAGCUCUGAAGCUCACGUUGAGGUUAUGAGGAAAACAAAAGUGGGCAUGAAAGAAUAUCAGUUGGAAAGCAUGUUUUUACACCACACCUACAUGUAUGGUGGAUGUAGGCAUUGUUCAUACACAUGCAUUUGUGCUACUGGUGACAAUAGUUCUGUUCUUCACUAUGGGCAUGCAGCAGCUCCAAAUGAUAAGAUGUUGCAAGAUGGAGAUAUGGCAUUACUAGAUAUGGGAGCUGAAUAUCAUUUUUAUGGUUCUGACAUAACUUGCUCCUUCCCAGUGAAUGGAAAAUUUACAAGUGAUCAAUGUCUUGUAUAUAAUGCUGUCCUGAUUGCUCACAAUGCUGUCAUAUCUUCUAUGAAACCUGGAGUAAGCUGGGUGGAUAUGCACCAAUUAGCAGAGAAACUUAUUCUCAAGUCACUGAAGAGAGGGUGCCUCCUUGUCGGUGAUGUUGAUGAGAUGAUGGCUGAACGACUGGGUUCUGUUUUCAUGCCCCAUGGGCUGGGUCACUUCUUGGGAAUCGAUACCCAUGAUCCUGGGGGUUACUUAAAGGGAGCAAAGAGACCCUCGGAAUCUGGGUUAAAGGCUUUACGUACAAGUAGAGAACUCCAGGAGGGAAUGGUAAUUACUGUGGAGCCUGGAUGCUACUUUAUAGAUGCAUUGCUGAUUCCUGCCAUGGAAAGUUCACACACUUCGAAGUUUUUCGAUUGUGAAGAAAUAGGAAGAUUUAAGGGUUUUGGUGGAGUACGAAUUGAAAGUGAUAUGCAUGUCACUGCAAAUGGUUGUGUGAACAUGACAAAAGUUCCACGGGAGACAUGGGAGAUCGAAGGUGUGAUGGCAGGGGAAUCAUGGCCGCUCAAGAGGAACUUUGUUUGUUCGGAAAAUGGUGGAGAGUGUUAAGUUGUCGGUUCCUAGCUUGCCUGAUAAUGUAGAUAGAAUUUGCCCCAAAAGCGAAAGAGAAAGAUAAAAUAAAUAAUGAAGAGAUGGGCUUCAAAAGACUUGCCUCAUGUGUCAUAUUUUGUUAUGUGAUAUACAUACUGAUGAUUUCCUAGCUUUUUAAAGAAACGUUGUUUAUAUUAUGUUAAGAGGUUAAGUUUCUUGAUGUCUUUCUACUUGAAGGAAACCCUAAUUAGAUAUUUUUUACGUGGUUGUCCACAUUUGUAGUCCGUCAUAAUUUUUUUUCCCCUUCUGCAUUAUACAGCAGCGAAACAUGAACCCGACAUCAUACUCAUUAAUGAAGCACCUCAUUCACCA